GUCCCAUGCUGCUGCCGCGCGCAACUACAACCAAGUAACCAAACGCUUUCCGUUGCACGCACGCGCGCAAAACAAUGGCCGUCUCACUCCUCCCCGCCGUCCUUGUACUCCUCGCCAUCGUCGCGCCGCUCCUGUACCUCGUGCUGCUUCCCGCCGUGAAGUACACGACGAGAAAUGGCGCUGCGAGGUGGGAGGACGACGGCGGUGAUGGCCGGCGCCGCCGGAGGCUGCCGCCGUCGCCGCGGGGGCUCCCGCUGCUCGGCCACCUCCACCUGCUCGGCGCGCUGCCGCACCGGGCACUGCGGUCCCUCGCCGCGGCGCACGGCCCGGUGCUGCUGCUGCGGCUCGGCCGCGUUCCCGUGGUGGUCGUGUCGUCGGCGGCCGCGGCCGAGGAGGUGAUGCGGUCGCGGGACAUGGAGUUCGCGAGCCGGCCCAGGAUGGCCAUGGCCGAGCUGCUGCUCUACGGCGGCCGCGACGUCGCGUUCGCGCCCUACGGCGAGUACUGGCGCCAGGCGCGCCGCAUCUGCGUGGUCCACCUCCUCAGCGCGCGCCGCGUCCUCUCGUUCCGCCGCGUCAGGGAGGAGGAGGCCGCCGCGCUCGUCGGCCGCGUCCGCGCCGCCGCCGCCGACGUCGUCGUCGACCUGUCCGACCUCCUCAUCGCUUACUCCAACACCGUCUUGACGCGCAUCGCGUUCGGCGACGAGAGCGCGCGCGGCGGCGGCGGCGGCGGCGACAGGGGGCGCGAGCUGAGGAAGGUGUUCGACGACUUCGCGAGGUUGCUCGGGACGGAGCCGAUGGGGGAGCUCUUGCCAUGGUUCUGGUGGGUGGACGCCUUGAGGGGGAUAGACGGGAAGGUGCAGCGCACGUUUGAGGCGCUGGACGGCAUCCUCGAGAGGGUGAUCGACGAUCACCGUCGCCGCCGUGAAGGCGGCCGGCGUAUGGACGACGACGGCGGCGGCGAUCACCGGGAUUUCGUGGACGUGUUGCUCGACGUGAACGAGACGGACAAGGACGCUGGCAUUCAGCUCGGCACCGUCGAAAUCAAGGCUAUUAUCAUGGACAUGUUUGUAGGGGGCUCAGACACUACGACCACGAUGAUGGCAUGGACCAUGGCCGAGCUGAUCAACCACCCACGCGCCAUGCGCAAAGCGCAGAACGAGAUCUGGGCAGUCGUGGGCAACACUAGUCAUGUCACCAAGGACCACGUGGACAAGCUGCCCUACCUCAAGGCUGUUUUCAAGGAGACGCUCCGGCUACACCCACCACUCCCGCUCCUCAUCCCACGAGAGCCACCGGCGGACACCCAGAUCCUGGGUUACACCAUACCAGCGCACACGCGGGUGGUGAUCAACGCGUGGGCCAUCGGCCGAGACGCGGCAGCAUGGGGGCAGCAACCGGACGAGUUCUCACCGGAGAAAUUCCUCAACAGCACCAUUGACUACAAGGGACAGGACUUCGAGCUGCUACCAUUUGGCGCCGGUAGGAGGGGGUGCCCCGGGAUCGUGUUCGGGGUGUCAGCCAUGGAGAUAGCACUCGCGAGCUUGCUCUACCAUUUUGACUGGGAGGCGGCGGCAACUGAUCACAGGAGGAGGGGCAGCCAAGCAUGGGCGUUGCCAGUAGACAUGAGUGAGGUCAAUGGGAUAGCUGUUCAUCUCAAGUAUGGUCUACAUGUCGUCGCUAAACCACGUAUGCCUUAACUUGAGAAAAGAUGUUACCAUCUGCAGUUCAACUAAUAGGACCCUGGUUAUGUAUUGGUUGAUUAACUUUUGAGGAUAUGGGAUAUCCUAUCAAUGUAGACCUCACUCGAGGAGAUUGAAUCGAUAAUGUGGAACACAACUACAACAGUCCAUGAGUGAUGGUGAUGGACGACUCUGGCCACCAAUAAAGUGCUACCAAAAACGGGAGUUUGCACCCUAAUCCUAUUAACAACAUGGCUGUAAGUUUUCAUA